AUGAGCACCAGUGAAUCAUCUAUGAAUCUGAAGAAAAGGAAAGGGAUGAGAAAGAAGCACAGGCUACUCUUCAGAGUAAAAAGCUCUUGUUCCCCAAGUGGUCCCUCAAGCGAAUCCAACGUGAUGUUGUUGAUCUUCCAAGCCAGUAUAGGGCCGAUCGAGACUGAUAGCUUUCCAAACGCCAAGUUUAAAGUAGCAAGAGGUUCAGCCAACAAAUGCUAUGAGUUUACUUUUAUAGAUCUUCCCUGCCUUAACCGAAAUGGUUGGUUUACUCUUUACAACAUAUUUCCGAAGAACAAAGAAAAAUAUGAACCUGCAAUUUCUCAUCAUAAGCAUAUGAUACAGUCCUAUAAUCAGGAGAUUGCGGAGAUUGAUGUUGAAGUUACUGGUAUCCUGCGAAAGAAGCCUUCGGCUGUUCUAAAGGAAAAUCCCAAGGAUUUUGAAAAAUUAAAGCCAAGGAAACUUUAA